AUGGACGGAUUCUCGAGAUCAACAGGCCGGCCUGACGAUACUAGAGUCCCUAACAACGACCAGGAACAGCAACUUGGUCAAUAUUACAUGGGCACAACUACCGACACCGAACUACCUCAAAUCAGUAUUGGAGAAGAUGGACAAGCAUGGGCGCUUGACCCGACGGACAUCUCUGAACAGUGUCACGUCGAAGACUACUUGGCCUAUAAAGAGUUCGCCAACGCUCACCACAGCGAUGUAGAACUAGACAACUUUGUCGCAAUGCCUCCCCCUUCCCUCUGUGUUGCAGGAGACUCGCAUAGCAUCUCUGGUGCUGAGGAUGCGCAUUUCCAGUCAAACAUGGAGAUGCCUAACACAGCAAUGACACGGUCAGAGAUUUCGCACUCGCCUGCUGCAACGGGAUAUGGGGAGAAUGCAAGCUACAUGUUCAGCAACGAUCCAAACUUUGACGAAACCUCCCUCCCGGUCCCGUCUUAUACUCCCAACAUUGUGCAACCUGGGUUCGUGCCCAUUAAUCAAGUUGCACCAUAUCAGGGACAAAUGACUCAACAAGCACCAACUCAUCUCCCUCCGGUCCAACACUUGGAUCAAGGCUCAGUGUAUUCGCCGAUGCCUGGGGUGAGUGAACGAAGAGACUCAUAUCACUAUUCUGACCCCACCGAAGCAAUCUAUCGCCCUGCUUCUUUGAUUCCUAGCCAGUACGCUUCUCAAGCUGCGAGUGUUGAUGCUGGUGUGAUGGGCAUGGGUAGAUCUCUGCCUGUGCCUCGCGCUCUUCUUCAACAAUCGCAAGGGAAUUUGCCGUAUGCAGCACCAAAUUCGGCGUACAAUCCUCCACCUCCGAGCCCUCAUCCGGCAUCUACUUACUUCGGUGAUGUAAGUGGACAAGGCAUGUACAUGAUGAACGUUGUUCAGCCAGUGCAGCACGGGGGGGCUGUCUCCGGCAGCAGUAACAUGCCCGGACAUUUCGGCGGUAAAUACUCCAGGGAAGGAGACCCAGAGAGAGCCUCCAGGGAAGAAGACUCAGAGGGAGCCACCAAAAACAAAGAAAAAACGAAGGAAACCCCAUGGUACGAUGCAUUUGAGUAUGUUCUCAUAGGGAACUCCCAGCGCCCACCACGGCCAUUUGGCAACCAAACUACAUCUAGACUCCACACCUUCACCUACGGAAAUUAUGGACAAUUGGAAGCUGGAAAGAAAUACAGUACCGAGGAAAUCAGGGAAUACGUCAACGAAAAGGUAUCCAAGGAAAAGCCUAAUCGGAUUGUGGCUGGGGAGAAUGCACAAACAAGGGUAUCGGCCAAACGUUUCGCCAUGUGGAUCCAAUCUGCGCCAGCUCAAUGCAGAAAUCGCCUGGGUCCAGAUGAUAAUGAAUGCAGGUGGGAUCAAUGUCUCGAAGGGAAGAAUAAAGCCGGAAAGAACUGUCGAAACGGAAUUAAGUCGGGCUGGCUCCGUGUUGCUAUGGAUGAAUAUCCACAACUGAGAGACGAGGGCCUUCUGGAUGCAUUGAAACCGGCCGCUGUUCUUCACCUUUACUGCUUCGAGCGAAUUUUCCCGAGGGCACGCAUUGUCGAAUUCUACCAGAAGGAGUUUCUGCAGAUAGAUAAGAAAGUCGAAUUCACGACAUGUAAUGGGGUGAAAGAGAAGAACUAUGCGAGCAUAGUCAGAGACUCGGGCGAUGGCGUGACAAAUUCCAUCAAUGCGUGGUUUGAUGAGCAGCUGAAGAUCUCAGGUCCUGUCUCCGAGAAAAAUUCCUCAAUUGAUAAGGGUUGGGUAGAUCCUCUGGGUCACAAGACCGAUCCUGGUACGACUUUCGAGUGGCAUCAAAGCUCCCUCUCCGCCGCCAUUACUCGUUUUCACGUUGGACGGAAGUCCAAAGAGAACGUAGGGACCAGACAAAGAAAGCGGGAUGUACAAAACGAGGAAUUGCCAGACGGUUGUGAGAAAACCUUGGAUUACCAUCUUGGCAGCUUACAUGAGGAAAGGGAGAGAGCCAUGAGACGGAAAGCUUGGGACAAAACUGAGGACGGCGUGAGAAGAGCUGCAAAUAAGAAAGCAGAACAAGAACGAGAUGCAAAAGAGAAAGCGCAAAAAGCCGCCGAGAAAGCGGCGCAAGAAGCCGCCGAGAAAGGCAGAUGGGGUGUUUUCGAGACCAUAGAACGCACAAAAACGAAGCAAUCGCGGCGGCGGGGAAGAAAACCGGCAAAGGAGUCCACAGUCAGCACCGACACGCCAGACCGGUCUGUUGAACGGUCUGUGUCAGGGCCGCGUCGAGCAAGAGAAAUAGAGGUAUAUCAAACCACGCCCACUCCUUCAAUGCAGCCGAAUGCAUGUAUUUCUAUGGAGCCUACAGCUCGUUACGGUGCUUUGCUUCCGGGUGAUUUUGGUCCCCAUCCCACCUACGCGGAUUUCCCGUCUAUCAAGGAACACUUCUACAUGCAAAACAACCCUCACAUGCAGCCUGCAGCGCCAAUGGCCAACAUGCUGCCAUCCGAGACGCUGUUGCCGCCAAUGACGACAAUGCCGUCGCACAUGUCAACUCCCGAGCCGCCGAUGAGACAGCCACUUGUUGACACAAGCGCAGACAACUCCCAGAGGCCGUUUGACGCGUACGCCGAGCCAAGGGGGAAGAAACGACCAAGGAAUCGGAACCAAGAUGACGGGUUGCCCGGGAAGAGAAUGCGUCAUUAG